AUCUAUUUUUCUAUUGUAGUGCAUAUGCUGAAGUAGGUGAUGGAUUUGCUCUCAGAUCAAGCAUAAUCUCGAGUACUUUAAAACCGACGAUCGAGUUUAGGGAUCCAGUGAAGAUGGUAUUUGGCCAUAUGCAGAACUACUCAGAGAAGACUCCUGCCUGCGUGUUUUGGGAUUACAAACUGAAUGUGAAUAAAGGAGCAUGGUCACGCGACGGUUGUCGAGUGUCGUCACGUGGCAGCAAUGACGUCAUAUGCGCGUGUGAUCACCUGACUAACUUUGCUGUGCUGGUUGAUGUGUCGGGAGGUAUCGAGGGCCACGCCCUCCCCCUUCAGAUCAUCACUAUGGUAGGUUGUACCAUCUCCAUGCUGGGACUACUCGUCACUCUCUCCAUCCACUUUAUAUUCUGGAGACACCUUAAGUGCGACAAGACAAUUGUACACGUUAAUCUUUGUUCGGUUCUACUGCUCGCUAACAUUGUGCUGUUGACGGGGCUAGACCGCACGGAAAACAAGGCCGCGUGUACUGUGAUCGCCGUCCUACUCCAUUACCUGUUUACGGGGGCUGUUUGCUGGAUGAUGUGCGAAGGAUUGCUUAUCUACAUAUCCAUCGUUAUCGUCUUCACAGUCGAAAGAACAAGACUCUACUUCUACCUUGUCGGGUGGGGGUUACCAUUCAUUAUUGUCGGAAUAUCUAUGGCUGCUUCCCACUUAAACGGCUACGGAACUGAAACAGCGUGCUGGCUAUCUUCAAAGUCGGGACUUAUAUGGGCGUUCAUCGGUCCAUUGAUAGUAGUCCUAGUGUUGAAUAUCGCAAUCUUCGUGCGGGUUCUGCGAGUAAUUCUCACUACUCAGAAGAUGUUGACAGCAGACGACAAGCAAAAAGCUCGGGUCGCUGCCAAAUGUUGCGCCGUGCUUUUACCACUGUUGGGUCUCACGUGGUUUUUCGGGGUCCUCGCUAUAGACAAGAGUGUCGUGGCCUUCCUCUAUCUCUUCGCCAUAUGCAACUCGCUACAGGGCUUCUUUGUAUUUCUUCUUCACUGCCUUUUUGACCAGCAGGUACGACAAGCGAUCACGGCGUGGUGGCAAAGGCGUGAGCGUGUAGACUCUGCUUCCGGAUCACGUGCCUAUUCCGUGUCAGUCAACACACCGACUUCUAAGCUGAAAAGCAAGAAGACCGACUUUUCUAAACUUGACCAGAAUCGUACAUUGAGUAACUCGAGCUCAUCUCGAGACGGCGAAAGGAAACCCGCAGCUCCUCGGACCAAGGAUCAGCUUGGUACAAAUUACGAGUUGAGAGGGGUCAUGUCCCCGUCCCGAGUAUAGAUCUGGCAUCUCUAUUAAAAACACUCAAGAUGAAAAUUGGGCGAAGAACCAUCUGGAAAUGCCGUCUGUUGUAUAUGGUUACUAACCCUAACCCUCGGGAAUCAAAUGGAAAACACUGACAAUUAGAAGCACGGUGAACACAUUGCAGGCGCCAGGCGGGAUCCCUGUACUGCAGUCACACACUCCUCGUACUGCGGGCUCAAAGUAACGGCUGAAAAUCCCCGCGCUUCAACGCAUGAAAACAAUGGAAUGGUGCAGUGACAAAUAUUUAAGUUAAAACCCAGAAAUAACGUUAUAACACCCAGUACGUCUUAUUUGGCACACAUGUAUAAUGAAAAGUGGAAAAGUGAAACUAAGAUCUUUUAAAAUACACAAAAAGAAGAGAAAUUGUAAUAGACCUGAAAAUAAUGCGUCUUCAGUCCUCAGGCCUUCCUGAUAUAAACACAGGUAGUCCAUGCUCUCUAUUUGUGCCUAUUGUUCUUAGCGUUGGAACAGUUUUUACAUCGGGAUUCUUCAACACACCAAAGACGCUUCACAAUACUUAGCUUCAUUUUUCUCUUCAAUAAAAGAAUUGCUUGUUGGUAUGGGUGUUGGUGAUGUAAUCCCUUUGGGAUGUAAUGUUAUGUAAUCUAACAACAUAAAUACCGUUUCAUUUCAAUUGUAAUUCACUUGAGAUCACACAACCGUCAGUUUUUCCAGCCGGGUCAAUUGUUUUAACUCAUGUGUUAGUAUAAUUUAGCAAACUCUGUUAACGAAUUGUAUAUACAUAGUAAGGCGUUAGCCUUUGAAUAAAGAAAAAGUCGACAAACAACGCAGGUUUAUGUUUUUAGAACAAUAUUUCGGCAGGACAAUACCUGCCUUCUUCAGGUUAUAAACCUGAAGGCUUGGCCUGAAAAAAAACAUAAAUCUGCGUUAUUGUCGCCUUUUUUAAGGAUUUUUUAAUUAAUCAAAUGUCGAAUGCACACCAGCAGAUAGAGGCUGUCCGGUGGUUUAAAACGUAGCUGAUCCACGUGUGAUCCUCUCUCAACUUGUUGUUGUAUUUUUUAUAUAAACUAGAGAUAUUUUCUAUCGCCUGAGCGUUGCGAAAGAGAGUAGAUUUAUUUUAAACUUCUUUUUUUUCAUACAAUGUUCACCGUGAGAUUAAAAUAAAGCUUUGGCUGCCUGUGAUAUCAACAGUUUCAACUCAUUCUGUAAUGCGAAUUCACUUGAUGUAAACAGAUAUUCUCCCGAAUAAACUUUUAUAGGGUUUU